AUGGAGCAAUCAGCAACGAACGGAGAGAUCAGCAGAGGACAGAUCUGGUGCGGUUGUGGGCAUUUACAAUCGAAGGAAGCAGAGGACAAGCUUUGUGCGAAGGGAAGAGUACUGGACCGUAAGAGUUGCAUUUGCUGGACCGUGUGGAAUAAAGAUCCGAUUUCGUCCGGCGGGAAACGCGGCGAAUCGUGGAAGCUUGUGGCAAGCCGGUCGCAAGCGACGCCAUUCCAACCGCUGACUAUUGUUUUGGGCGUGUUUGCGCUAUUGUGUGUUGCGGGCGUGUUUGCGCUACAACUUUCGACGGAUUGCAAGAAUCUGAGGCGAUUUGAGUCGAUCGGCAGUGGAAGUGUCCUACAGCUACCUGGUAAGACGUUGAACUAG